CGUCGCUCAAACACAUUACGAGAAACCUGACGCUAGUAACAUGCUCCACUCGACCUCCGUUGCCACUGCGCGCUUGUCGCUCCAUCGCCAUCACGCCUUGAAGCGCUUCUCAAACCUCCCAUUCACUCGCCCGUUGGGCUUUGACGUUGCCAAGGAGCGAAGCAAGUUCGGGCACAAGGUGUCAUCGUUUCCCACGGACAAGAUGAACGAGUGGCUCGAUCCCGACAAUCGAGACAUGCGACGCGAACUGAAGGUGUUCCUGGAAGACGACUCGUUCCGUCCACGGUACAACAUCCCCCUGGCCGAAGAGCGCGAAAUCGCAUUGGGGCAGUUGAAGAAGAUCUGCGACGCCAAGUUCUUCUCGGUCAAGGACUUCCACACGAACCCGCACAACAUUUACGCGGCGCAUGAGAUCGCCGGCCUCACAAACCCUUCCAUGGCGACCAAGAUGACGGUGCAGUUCAACUUGUUUGGCGGCACCGUGUUGAAGCUCGGGACGGAGAAGCACCACGAGCGAUUUGUCGACGACAUUGAUUCGUUGGCAUCGGUGGGAUGCUUUGGGUUGACCGAGUUGGGGUACGGGAACAACGCCGUGGAAAUGGAAACGACGGCCGUGUAUGACGCCGCGUCGGAUGAGUUUAUCAUCAACACCCCCACGGUGCUGGCCCAAAAGUACUGGAUCACCAACUCUGCCGUGCAUGCCAAGUGGGUAGUCGUGUUUGCCCAACUCCAAGUCCAGGGCGAACAACAUGGCAUCCAUGCAUUCCUUGUGCGCAUUCGCAACGAAGACAUGACCGUGGCCGACCACGUGCGCGUCGAAGACAUGGGCCACAAGAUGGGCUGCAACGGCGUCGACAACGGGAAAAUUCUCUUUGACAACGUCCGCAUUCCCCGCACCAACAUGCUCGACGCGCUCUCCCAAGUCAGCGGCGACGGAACAUUCACGAGCCACGUGUCCAGCAAGCGCGGCCGUUUCUUGGCCGUCGCAGAUCAAUUGCUCAGUGGUCGCGUGUGCAUUGCCUCCAUGUUGAUGGGCGGCACCAAGUUGUCGCUGGCGAUUGCGAUGCGGUACUACAGUACUCCUUCGUCGCCUAUUCAUUCUCCUAAUGCCAAGGGUGUGAUGCCUAGAUAUGCGGCGAGUCGCGCGACAGUUGGACCCAAGGGCAAGUCGGACACGGCCAUCUUGCACUAUGGCCUGCAAAAGCAGGCGCUGCUGCCACUCGUGGCGCGCACGUACGUCCUCGCGCACGGCCUGAACGUGGUCAAAGACAAGUACAAGGCAUGGAACAAGUCGACGGAUCCGCUCGAUCGCCUCGAGCUCGUCGUGCUCUGUUCGGCCAUCAAGCCGGUGGUGUCAUGGAACGCGGAAAACGUCGUGAGUGUCUGCCGCGAGCGAUGCGGAGGCCAGGGGUACCUGUCGGCGAAUCGGUUUGGAGAAAUUUUGGGGUUUUCCCACGCGGCGGUGACGGCGGAAGGAGAUAACCGCGUGCUUAUGACCAAGGUCACGAAAGAACUGGGCGAAUUGGUCAAACAAGGCCGGUACAAGCUGUCCCCCACUGCGGGCAAGCCAUUUGGUGGCACGCCGUCGUGGGGCAAUGUCGAGUACGUCAAGUAUUUGCUGGGGGUGCGAGAAGCCGCGCUGUUUGCGAAAUUGGGCAAGAUCAUGAAGACGGAUCUGGAGCAAGGCAAAACCGUGUUUGACAUUUGGAUGGUGGAGCAGAGUGCGUUGGUGCAGGACAUUGCGCUGUCGUAUGUCGAGCGCAUGUCUUUCGAAGCGACGGUGGCGUCCAUGAAUGAUGACCCGGCCAAUGCCGACUUGCGCCCAGUGCUGACCAAGUUGGCGCUUCUGUACGGCGUGUCAUGUGUUCAGCGGGACUUGGGGUGGUAUGUGUGCAACAACAUCGUAGCCCCCGACCUCGGCAACCAAGUGGACGAGACGGUCAAGGCACUGUGCAGCUCGAGCGAAAGCGGGCUUGGCGACGAUGCUCUGCACUUGAUUCACGCAUUUGACAUUCCAGACUACGUGAUGGCAGCCCCCAUCGCGCUGGACUGGGUCAAGUUCAACGAAGCAGACAACCAAGGCGAAGUUGUUUAGCUUCUCUUGGUGCCACCAUAAUAUGAACACUACAACUGUUUUCCAAAGGGCAAAGUAAACAAGAAUCGCUUGAUGUUGUAGCUUGGCUUUCGAUGGUUCAACUUGGAUUCAUUAUUGGGUCUCUCUCA